AUGCAUUUGCCACAAAGACGGAGACUCAAUCGGAGUCGCAUCCUCUUCUUCCUCUCCGGUGUAUUACUGUGCUGUGUCUACACCGUGACGUUCAAGGCCCGGCUGCAGGAGCCAUGGGUGGCUCGCCAGGCCGCAGCAGAGGAGGACCCCGGGACAGCACUCCCAGAGGAAGGGGGCGGUAGUGGUAGUAGUAGUGUCCCGGAGGUAGACACACGAGAGGUGGUGACCUCUAACCCCUCGACCCUAACAGAGAGCUAUAAUGACGACGUCAUCACCAGGGCUCCUAUAGUGAUCGAGGGGGAUGACGUCAUAGUGAUAACUGUCAACAGGACGGACAUUAAACACUGUAUCUACGUAGAGGACCCUGAACCUGAGCCACCUACUAAACCUUCUCCCACCUCCCCUCCUCCUAACACCACCACCCCCCCGGGUAUCCCUGGAGACGUCCCCCACAGGAAGGGAGAGUACCCAGAGGACCUGUUCACGGUGGACCAGAGGAGGCAGGGCUGGGUGACCCUCCACAUCCUGGGCAUGGUCUACAUGUUCGUCUCCCUCGCCAUCGUCUGUGACGAGUUCUUCGUCCCCGGCGCUCGGAGUCAUCACCGUGAAGCUCGACAUCUCCGACGAUGUCGCCGGGGCAACCUUCAUGGCUGCAGGAGGCUCCGCCCCCGAACUGUUCACCUCUCUGAUUGGCGUGUUCAUUUCCCAUAGCAACGUGGGCAUCGGGACGAUCGUAGGGUCGGCGGUGUUUAACAUCCUGUUUGUCAUCGGGAUGUGUGCCAUCUUCUCCAGGGAGAUGCUCCACCUCACCUGGUGGCCCUUGUUCAGAGACGUCUCCUUCUAUAUCAUAGGUAAUAAUAAUAAUAUAAUCAUUUUACAGAUAACAGGUAGAAGAUAAUAGAUUUUCCAGAAAUCUCUGUUGGAAGACUCCCGGAAUCAGGAGGGAACAAGCAGGACAUCUGGAAUCCUCCAACCAGGAUUUCUGGAAAACCUGGGAAUAUUGGGAAAGUACAUACUUUAAAGGGUACUUACCUUGGAGCCAACAGUCGAUCACAUCUAAACUGCCAAAUUGCAUCCUAUAGUAUUCCUCUUAUAGUGCACUAUACAGUGAGGGAAAAAAGUAUUUGAUCCCCUGUUGAUUUUGUACGUUUGCCCACUGACAAAGAAAUGAUCAGUCUAUAAUUUUAAUGGUAGGUUUAUUUGAACAGUGAAAGACAGAAUAACAACAAAAAAAUCCAGAAAAACGCAUGUCAAAAAUUUUAUAAAUUGAUUAGCAUUUUAAUGAGGGAAAUAAGUAUUUGACCCCCUCUCAAUCAGAAAGAUUUCUGACUCCCAGGUGUCUUUUAUACAGGUAACGAGCUGAGAUUAGGAGCACACUCUUAAAGGGAGUGCUCCUAAUCUCAGUUUGUUACCUGUAUAAAAGACACCUGUCCACAGAAGCAAUCAAUCAAUCAGAUUCCAAACUCUCCACCAUGGCCAAGACCAAAGAGCUCUCCAAGGAUGUCAGGGACAAGAUUGUAGACCUACACAAGGCUGGAAUGGGCUACAAGACCAUCGCCAAGCAGCUUGGUGAGAAGGUGACAACAGUUGGUGCGAUUAUUCGCAAAUGGAAGAAACACAAAAUAACUGUCAAUAUCCCUCGGCAUGGGGCUCCAUGCAAGAUCUCACCUCGUGGAGUUGCAAUGAUCAUGAGAACGGUGAGGAAUCAGCCCAGAACUACACGGGAGGAUCUUGUCAAUGAUCUCAAGGCAGUUGGGACCAUAGUCACCAAGAAAACAAUUGGUAACACACUACGCCGUGAAGGACUGAAAUCCUGCAGCGCCCACAAGGUCCCCCUGCUCAAGAAAGCACAUAUACAGGCCCGUCUGAAGUUUGCCAAUGAACAUCUGAAUGAUUCAGAGGAGAAUUGGGUGAAAGUGUUGUGGUCAGAUGAGACCAAAAUGGAGCUCUUUGCCAUCAACUCAACUCGCCGUGUUUGGAGGAGGAGGAAUGCUGCCUAUGACCCCAAGAACACCAUCCCCACCGUCAAACAUGGAGGUGGAAACAUUAUGCUUUUGGGGUGUUUUUUUGCUAAGGGGACAGGACAACUUCACUGCAUCAAAGGGACGAUGGAUGGGGCCAUGUACCGUCAAAUCUUGGGUGAGAACCUCCUUCCCUCAGCCAAGGCAUUGAAAAUGGGUCGUGGAUGGGUAUUCCAGCAUGACAAUGACCCAAAACACACGGCCAAGGCAACAAAGGAGUGGCUCAAGAAGAAGCACAUUAAGGUCCUGGAGUGGCCUAGCCAGUCUCCAGACCUUAAUCCCAUAGAAAAUCUGUGGAGGGAGCUGAAGGUUCGAGUUGCCAAACGUCAGCCUCAAAACCUUAAUGACUUGGAGAAGAUCUGCAAAGAGGAGUGGGACAAAAUCCCUCCUGAGAUGUGUGCAAACCUGGUGGCCAACUACAAGAAACGUCUGACCUCUGUGAUUGCCAACAAGGGUUUUGCCACCAAGUACUAAGUCAUGUUUUGCAGAGGGGUCAAAUACUUAUUUCCCUCAUUAAAAUGCAAAUCAAUUUAUAACAUUUUUGACAUGCGUUUUUUCUGGAUUUUUGUUGUUGUUAUUCUGUCUCUCACUGUUCAAAUAAACCUACCAUUAAAAUUAUAGACUGAUCAUGUCUUUGUCAGUGGGCAAACGUACAAAAUCAGCAGGGGAUCAAAUACUUUUUUCCCUCACUGUAUAGGGACAUGCACUCUUAGAAAAAAAGGUGCUAUCUAUAACCAAAAAGGGUUCUUCGGCUGUCCCCAUAGGAGAAAACUUUGAAGAACCCUUUUUGGUUCCAGGUAGAACACUUUUGGGUUCGAUGUGGAACCCUUUCCACAAAGGGUUCUACAUGGAACCUAAAAUAGUUCUACCUGGAACCAAAAAGGGUUCUACCUGGAACCAAAAAUGGUUCUCCUAUGAUGACAGCCGCAGAACCCUUUUGGAACCCUUUUUUCUAAGAGUGUAAUACUACAUAGUUCCCUGCGCUCUGGCCUAAAGUAGUGCACUAUAUAGGGAAUAGGGUGCCAUUUGGGAUGCAUUCUCAGCUCUGUUUUAAGUUGUCCUCUCCUCCAUCCUAGACCUGAUCAUGCUGAUCGUUUUCUUCCUGGACAACACUAUCAUGUGGUGGGAGAGCGUGAUGCUGGUGUCGGGUUACGUGGCCUAUGUCUGCUUCAUGAAGUUCAACGUGCAGAUCGAACACUUUGUCAAGACGCAUAUCAACAAACACAAGAGCAUCGUCAAGAUCAUCAUGCCGGAGGAGGAGGAGGAGAAGGAACCCAAGAAGGUUGGUAGUUGUUGUUGUUGGGACUUUGUUAUGCAGCUUGGUGAAGCAAAAAGACAGACACACAGACAGGCAGACAGACACACACACACACACACAGACACGACAACACACAGACAGACAGACAGACGACAGACAGACAGACAGACAGACAGGACAGACAGGACAGACGACAGACAGACAGGCAGGCAGACAGACAGACAGACAGACAGGGACAACACCACACACACCACAGACACACAACACACAGCCAGACAGACAGACAGACAGACAGACAGACAGCAGACAGACAGACAGACAGGCAGGCAGGCAGGCAGGGACCGACAGAACCGCAGACAGACAGACGACAGACAGACAGACAGACAACAGACAGACAGACAGACAGACAGACAGACAGACGGGGCAGGCAGGCAGGCAGGCAGGACAGAAGGAACACAGACACACAGACAGACAGACAGGCAGGCAGGCAGGCAGACAGACAGACACACAGACACACAGGCAGGCAGACAGACAGACAGACACACAGACACACAGACAGACACACAGACAGACAGACAGGCAGGCAGGCAGGCAGACAGACAGACACACAGACACACAGACAGACAGACAGGCAGGCAGGCAGACAGACAUACACACAGACACACAGACAGACAGGCAGGUAGGCAGACAGACAGACACACAGACACACAGACAGACAGGCAGGUAGGCAGACAAACAGAGUGGCUGACAGAGACAGAGAGACAGAGAGACAGAGAGACAGACAGACAGACAGGCAGGCAGGCAGGCAGACAAACAGAGUGGCUGACAGACAGACAGACAGACAGACAGACACACAGACAGACACACAGACAAAGAAAAACUCCACCAAAAAACAAUUAUCAGGAAAUAAAAAUACUAGAAGAGCCCAUUGCAAUAUCACCCAGGACAGAGACCGUCUCUGGUCCAGUCCACGAGAGACAAGGAAUGGUUGAUCCACUUGGCUGUCAUUUGAGCCUGUGUUUAUUCAUCAGCCCUUUGUGCAGCUCAUAGAGAAUGUGUGUUUGUGUGGCAGCCAGGCAAGGCAGCCUUUUGAUGAUUGGGACUGAAUCCCUGAAAGGAUCCCAGGUGUCAGAGCCCAGCGUAGGGGAGUAUGGGUCAGGGGGUGGACAGGACGGGAAGACGGGGGGGGGUGAUGUAAUGCUGAUGAGAUGUAAAGUAAUGUCAGCCAUCAGUUUGUCACUGGUCACGCUGGAGUAGCUUAUUAUUCAUCCAAACCACACACCUGGUGCCCCUCACCGUACAGCGCUUAGCCGCGUUUAUCUGAAUAUGAAUUCUCUCUGUUUCAUUAUAUAUUCUUUGGCAGUCAAAGCUGUAGCAGGGAUGUAUUGUCCAGACCAGUAGAAACCAAUAGCACCGACCCCACUUCAACGCCACAGGAGGUUUGGUGGCACCUUCAUUGGGGAGGACGGGGCUCGUGGUAAUGGCUGGAGCGGAAUCAGUGGAAUGGUAUCUAUUACAUUAAACACGUGGUUUGAGGAUAGGCCCUAAAAAUGGUCAAAAGACUCCAGCCACCCUAGUCAUAGACUGUUCUCUCUGCUGCCGCACGGCAAGCGGUACCGGAGCGCCAAGUCUAGGUCCAAAAGGCUUCUUAACCGCUUCUAUCCCCAAGCCAUAAGACUCCUGAACAGCUAAUCAUGGCUACCCGGACUAUUUUACGCUGCUGCUACUCUGUUAAUUAUUUAUGCAUAGUCACUUUAACUCUACCCACAUGUACAUAUUACCUCAAUUACCUCGACUAACCGGUGCCCCCGCACAUUGACUCUGUACCUGUACCCCCUGUAUAUAGCCUCCCUACUGUUAUUUUAUUUUACUGCUGCUUUUAAUAUUUAUAAAUAUUUAUUUUUUACUUAUCUAUUUUUUACAUUUUAGUCAUUUUAGCAGACGCUCUUAUCCAGAGCGACUUACAGUUAGUGAGUGCAUACAAUUUUUAUACUGGCCCCCCGUGGGAAUCGAACCCACAACCUUGGCGUUGCAAGCGCCAUGCUCUACCAACUGAGCGUCACGGGGCCCCAUUCUAUGGGGGCGACCUCCAGCGAGCCCACAACCCUUGAAACAAAAUAUACUGGUUAGUUAGUUUUUUCUUAAAACUGCGUGGUUGGUUAAGGGCUUGUAAGUAAGCAUAUCAUUGUAAGGUUUUCACCUGUUGUAUUCGGCGCAUGUGGCAAAUAACAUUUGAUUUGAUUUGUUUUGAUGCCAUUCCAUCCGCUCCGUUCCAGCCAUUAUUAUGAGCCGUCCUCCCCUCAGCAACUUCCUGUGUUAAACACACAGGCACUGACUACCACACAGUAUACCAUUCUUCAGUUGUCAAAGCUUCAUAUUUAGCCUACAUGUUACAUUAUGCAAAAUGAUAGCGUUUGUUUUUCAAUGGCCCUUGACAACAGAGCUAACUAACCAGCAUAUUUUGUUUAAUUUGCCACACACACACACACACACACACACACACACACACACACACACACACACACACACACACACACACACACACACACACACACACACACACACACACACACACACACACACACACACACACACACACACACACACACACACACACACACACACACACACACACACCUACAACACACUCUCCAGCACACACAACCACUGGCGUACCACAUGCCCCUGCCAGGGUUGUUAGAUUAGAAUUAGGAAUUAGAAUACUAGUCUUAUGAUGUAAUAAAGGUCAGCCAUUUUGGUCAGGGAGUUGGCCAGCCAUGGUUUUCCAGUGCUGUGAUAAGAUAUUGUGUAAAAUAAUGAAUGUGAAGAAUUUAUCUGCACUGUACAUUUUUAGCUAGCUAGCCAGCCAGCUUUAGAGGAAUGAUUCCAUUCAUUUUUAACUGCCAAUAUGCCAACAUUGCAUUCAAACAAUGCAGUCAAUCCAGAGCCAUACACUGGCUGAAAUCAGUUGAUGAUCGUACUUAGGAUAUAAUAGCACUCAUUUAUGGUCUGUUUAUAUAUGUUUUAGAGGCUAUUUAUACAGAACAUUUGUAGAAAACCCAUAUAAACUGUUUUGAUGAUUAUAUGACAUUAUUUUAGGUUGACAAUAAUUCUAUUACACAAUUUCGGAUAUGUUGCAUGCCUUUGUUGAAAAUCAGGAUGAUACCUCUACUGCCAUUCAUUCCAAUUAGACAGGUUUGGACUUCUCCCUGACCAAUAUGGCUGCCAUUUUCACCCCAUUCUGGAACUUCGAGGGUUUAUUACAUAGCCCCUCUAGUAAUUUAAUAGGAUCUUUACAACACACUCUCCAGCACACACAACACACACCCAACACACACACUCCAGCACACACAACACCACACACCCCAACACACUCUCUCCAGCAAACACACAACACACAAUCUACAACACACACUCAGGACAAUACUCCUGCAAUCAGGCGCUGAGUGUGGAAGAAGCAUGGCGCUGCACUAAAUUAAUGAAAUUGGGUCAUUUGGGGCGUUUGCAUUUUAGAGCCCUUCACAUCUAGGCUGAUGGGUACCCAGAUGGCACCCUACUCUCUACCCUAUUCCUUGUGGGCCCUGGUCUAAAGUAGUGCACUAUAAAGGGUAUAGGGUGCCAUUUGGAACCUAGAGUCUCCACGCCCCUGCUUGUCCGGGGGUGUCUUAAAUGAUUAUGUAAAGCAUCUGGGUUGUCAUUUUAUUUUAUUUUUUCAGCAGAGAAAUGGUUGAAUGUGAUUUUAUAUGCUAAUAACUUUUCCAGGGUUGUGUCCCAAAUGGCACCCUAUUCCCCAUAGGGCUCUGAUCAAAAGUAGUGUGCUAUAUAGGGAAUAGGGUGUCAAUUGGGACAGAUCCACAGUGUCACAUACACAAAAAUGUAUGCACGCAUGACUGUAAGUCGCUUUGGAUAAAAGCGUCUGCUAAAUGGCAUAUUAUUAUUAUUAUUAUUAUUAUUAUCUUGACUGGUAUGAUGGUGGGUGUUGGUGUGGGGUUGCUAAGAAGAUGACAUGCAGGUGCACACGGUUGAUACUGGUGUAGGCAACUCAUAGAAUCCCAGUAGGUAUAUUUUAACCUUUUAAUCAUGACCUUAGAUGCACUUGAAGUAGUGUAUCCAUGAAGCUAUCAACACUCAGCUACAGGUAACUGCUAAAAUAAAGGAAACGCUUGAGUAAAUGAGGGAUAUCAAGUAUAUUGAAAGCAGGUGCUUCCACACAGGUGUGGUUCCUGAGUUAGUUAUGCAAUUAACAUCCCAUCAUUCUUAGGGUCAUGUCUAAAAAUGCUGGGCAGGCCAUUAUUUUGGCUAGCAUGGCCAUGUCCCCCAUAGGAUGACAAUGCCCCCAUCCACAGGGCAGGAGUGGUCACUGAAUGGUUUGAAAAUGAUGUAAACCAUAUGCCAUGGCCGUCUCAGUCACCAGAUCUCAACACAGUUGAACACUUAUGGGAGAUUCUGGAGCGGCGCCUGAGAGAGCGUUUUCCACCACCAUCAACAAAACACCAAAUGAUGGAAUUUCUCGUGGGAAAAUGGUGUCGCAUCCCUCCAAUAGAGUUCCAGACACUUGUAGAAUCUAUGCCAUUGAAGCUGUUCCGGCUCGUGGUGGCCCAACGCCCUAUUAAGACACUUUAUGUUGGUGUUUCCUUUAUUUUGGAAGUUACCUGUUCUCGCUAAUAUCAGUGUUGUUAUAAUCAUGUAUUAUGCCCAUCAUUAGACACCCAUUAUGCAGCCUUUACCCAGCGGGCAAAUGUUGGCAUGGGAUGUCAUAAAGACAUUAUUUUCUGGUUGAAACAACAUACUUUUUUCAGGACUACGAAAAGGACAAGAAACCCUUCCUUUUUUACAAUCAGAAUACAACCUGACCAUGAAAAGACAUUCAAUACAUUUGGCCCACUGGGUAGUGCUUUAAAAGUAUACCUUUUCUCCUCUCUCCGGUUCCUAUUGCUCAUGUGUAGUAAAGUAUUCCUGUAUUUGCAGCAGAACAGUGGACCUCCACAACCUGAUCCACCCCAAAACAAUGUUUCACCAGAGCCCAAACCACAACCUCAAGACUCACCCCAGAAGAGAGACAGAGAACAGUUGAAGGUCUCAACACUCUUUGAUUGUGAUGUCAUGAUCAGGUUGUAUACUGAUUGUAAAAGGAUUGUUUCUUAGAUGUCAUAGUGACCAGCAAAAAAGGUAUUUACCUGAAUGUAACCUGCCGUAAUCUGCCGUGGCUUCAACCCUGUUUGUGUGUGUGUUCUGUCCCAGGUGAAGCCCACUCUCCAGAGAGGAGGCAGUAAUGCGUCUCUCCACAACAGCACCAACAGAAACACCAUCUUCCAGCUGAUGAUCCACACACUGGACCCCCUGGGAGAAGGUACUGGACUUUAUAUCAAUCUUUCUUAUUACAGGGACCGCUAUGGUCCUAAUCCAUGGUCCUAAUCCAUGGUCCUAAUCUAUGGUACUAAACUAUGGUCCUAAUCCAUGGUCCUAAUCCAUGGUCCUAAUCUAUGGUACUAAACUAUUUCCUAAACUAUGGUCCUAACAUGGUCCUAAUCCAUGGUCAAACUAUGUUCCUAAUAUAUGUCUAAUCAGGUCCUAUUAUGGUCCUAACUAUGGUCCUAAUCCAUGGUCCUAAUCUAUGGUACUAAACUAUGUCCUAAUCCAUGGUCCUAAUCCAUGGUCCUAAUCUAUGGUCACUAAAUGGUACUAACUAUGGUCCUAAUCCAUGGUCCUAAUCCAUGGUACUAAACUAUGUUCCUAAUCUAUGGUCCUAAACUAUAGUUCCUAAUCUAUGGUCCUAAUAUGGUCCUAUUAUGGUCCUAAUCUAUGGUACUAAACUAUGGUCCUAAUCUAUGGUACUAAACUAUGGUCCUAAUCCAUGGUCCUAAUCUAUGGUACUAAACUAUGUUCCUAAACUAUGGUCCUAAUCUAUGGUCCUAAUCUAUGGUCCUAAUCCAUGGUCCUAAUACUAUGUUCCUAAUCUAUGGUACUAAACUAUGUUCCUAAUCCAUGGUCCUAAUUUAUGGUCCUAAUAUAUGGUCCUAAUCCAUGGUCCUAAUCUAUGGUCCUAAACUAUGUUCCUAAUCUAUGGUCCUAAUUUAUGGUCCUAAUUUAUGGUCCUAAUCUAUGGUCCUAAUCUAUGGUCCUAAUCUAUGGUCCUUCCUGUACAGUACCAGGGACAAGGAAGCUAUGACCCCUGGGAGGAGCUACUGAACUAUGUAUUAUACCUAUUAGUUUGUCAUUACUGCCACAGGGACCUUCUACAUUCACUAUACCCUCAUAAAGGUCUACAUGAGGAGUUAUAUUGUUGAUUACUGCCACAGGGACCUUCUACCUUCAGCUUUAAAUAAAACCUGCUCGCCCUGUAAUUCUCUCAAAGGACAAAGGUUGAUGACACCAGUCAAAAUAGUUCCUUGUAGCUUCACAGUAUCAUCAGACUGUUAGUUCAGCUUCACAGCAGCAUCAGACUGUUAACUUCACAGCAGCAUCAGACUGUUAGCUCAGUUUCACAGCAGCAUCGACGUUAGUUCAGUUUCACAGCAGCAUCAGACUGUUAGUUCAGCUUCACAGCAGCAUCAGACUGUUAGCUCAGUUUCACAGCAGCAUCAGGCUGUUAGUUCAGUUUCACAGCAGCAUCAGACUGUUAGCUCAGCUUCACAGCAGCAUCAGACUGUUAGUUCAGCUUCACAGCAGCAUCAGGCUGUUAGUUCAGCUUCAACAACAGCAUCAGACUGUUAGUUCAGCUUCACAGCAGCAAUCAGACUGUUAGUUCAGUUCACAGCAGCAUCAGCCUGUUAGUUCAGCUUCACAGCAGCAUCAGACUGUUAGCUUCACAGCAGCAUCAGACUGUUAGUUCAGUUUCACAGCAGCAUCAGACUGUUAGCUUAGCUUCACAGCAGCAUCAGACUGUUAGUUCAGUUUCACAGCAGCAUCAGACUGUUAGUUCAGCUUCACAGCAGCAUCAGACUGUUAGUUCAGCUUCACAGCAGCAUCGGGACUGUUAGUUCAGCUUCACAGCAGCAUCAGAUGUUAGUUCAUUACAGCAGCAUCAGACGUUAGUUCAGCUUCACAGACAUAGACUGUUUUAGUUCAGUUUCACAGCGGGCAUCAGACUUAGCUUGCUUCACAGCAGCAUCAGACUGUUAGUUCAGUUUCACAGCAGCAUCGACUGGUUAGUCAGCUUCACAGCAGCAUCAGACUGUUAGUUCAGUUCACAGCAGCAUCAGACUGUUAGUUCGCUUCACACCCAGCAUUCAGACUGUUAGUUCAGCUUCACAGCAGCAUCAGACUGUUAGUUCAGUUUCACAGCAGCAUCAGACUGUAGCUUAGCUUCACAGCAGAUCAGACUGUUAGUUCAGUUUCACACAGCAUCAGAUGUUAGCUCAGUUUCACAGCAUCAGACUGUUUAGCUUAGUUUCACAGCAGCCAUCAGAUGUUAUAGCUUCACAGCAGCAUCAGACUGUUAGCUUCACAGCAGCAUCAAUUUAGCUUCACAGCAGCAUCAGACUGUUAGUUCAGUUUCACAGCAGCAUCAGACUGUUAGCUUAGCUUCACAGCAGCAUCAUACUGUUAGUUCAGCUUCACAGCAGCAUCAGACUGUUAGUUCAGCUUCACAGCAGCAUCAGACUGUUAGUUCAGCUUCACAGCAGCAUCAGACUGUUAGUUCAGUUUCACAACAGCAUCAGACUGUUAGCUCAGCUUCACAGCAGCAUCAGACUGUUAGUUCAGCUUCACAGCAGCAUCAGACUGUUAGUUCAGCUUCACAGCAGCAUCAGACUGUUAGUUCAGUUUCACAGCAGCAUCAGACUGUUAGCUUAGCUUCACAGCAGCAUCAGACUGUUAGUUCAGUUUCACAGCAGCAUCAGACUGUUAGCUCAGUUUCACAGCAGCAUCAGACUGUUAGCUUAGUUUCACAGCAGCAUCAGACUGUUAGCUCAGCUUCACAGCAGCAUCAGACUGUUAGCUUCACAGCAGCAUCAGACUGUUAAUUUCACAGCAGCAUCAGACUGUUAGUUCAGUUUCACAGCAGCAUCAGACUGUUAGCUUAGCUUCACAGCAGCAUCAUACUGUUAGUUCAGCUUCACAGCAGCAUCAGACUGUUAGUUCAGCUUCACAGCAGCAUCAGACUGUUAGUUCAGCUUCACAGCAGCAUCAGACUGUUAGUUCAGUUUCACAACAGCAUCAGACUGUUAGCUCAGCUUCACAGCAGCAUCAGACUGUUAGUUCAGCUUCACAGCAGCAUCAGACUGUUAGUUCAGCUUCACAGCAGCCAUCAGACUGUUAGUUCAGAUUCACAGCAGCAUCAGACUGUUAGCUCAGCUUCACAGCAGCAUCAGACUGUUAGCUUUCACAGCAGCAUCAGACUGUUAGUUCAGUUUCACAGCAGCAUCAGACUGUUAGCUUAGCUUCACAGCAGCAUUAGACUGUUAGUUCAGGAUUCACAGCAGCAUCAGACUGUUAGCUUAGCUUCACAGCAGCAUCAGACUGUUAGUUCAGUUUCCACAGCAGCAUCAGACUGUUAGUUCAGCUUCACAGCAGCAUCAGACUGUUAGUUCAGUUUCACAGCAGCAUCAGACUGUUAGCUCAGUUCACAGCAGCAUCAGACUGUUAGCUUAGUUUCACAGCAGCAUCAGACUGUUAGCUCAGCUUCACAGCAGCAUCAGACUGUUAGCUUCACAGCAGCAUCAGACUGUUAAUUUCACAGCAGCAUCAGACUGUUAGUUCAGUUUCACAGCAGCAUCAGACUGUUAGCUCAGCUUCACAGCAGCAUCAUACUGUUAGUUCAGCUUCACAGCAGCAUCAGACUGUUAGUUCAGCUUCACAGCAGCAUCAGACUGUUAGUUCAUCUUCACAGCAGCAUCAGACUGUUAGUUCAGUUUCACAACAGCAUCAGACUGUUAGCUCAGCUUCACAGCAGCAUCAGACUGUUAGUUCAGCUUCACAGCAGCAUCAGACUGUUAGUUCAGCUUCACAGCAGCAUCAGACUGUUAGUUCAGAUUCACAGCAGCAUCAGACUGUUAGCUCAGCUUCACAGCAGCAUCAGACUGUUAGCUUCACAGCAGCAUCAGACUGUUAGUUCAGUUUCACAGCAGCAUCAGGACUGUUAGCUUAGCUUCACAGCAGCAUUAGACUGUUAGUUCAGCUUCACAGCAGCAUCAGACUGUUAGCAGCUUCACAGCAGCAUCAGACUGUUAGUUCAGUUUCACAGCAGCAUCAGACUGUUAGUUCAGCUUCACAGCAGCAUCAGACUGUUAGUUCAGCUUCACAGCAGCAUCAGACUGUUAGUUCAGCUUCACAGCAGCAUCAGACUGUUAGUUCAGCUUCACAGCAGCAUCAGACUGUUAACUUCACAGCAGCAUCAGACUGUUAGUUCAGUUUCACAGCAGCAUCAGACUGUUAGUUAGCUUCACAGCAGCAUCAAAACUGUUAGUCAGCUUCACAGCAGCAUCAGACUGUUAGUCAGCUUCACAGCAGCAUCAGACUGUUAGUUCAGCUUCACAGCAGCAUCAGACUGUUAGCUUCACAGCAGCAUCAGAUGUUAGUUCAGUUUCACAGCAGCAUCAGACUGUUACUAGUUUCACACGCUCAGACUUGCUCACAGCAGCAUCAGAAUGUUAGUUCAGUUUCACAGCAGCAUCAGACUGUUAGUUUCAGCUUCACAGCAGCAUCAGACUGUUAGUCAGCUUCACAGCAGAUCAGACUGUUAGUCAGUUUCACAGCAGCAUCAGACUGUUAGUUCAGUUCACAGCAGCAUCAGACUGUUAGUUCAGCUUCACAGCAGCAUCAGACUGUUAGUUCAGCUUCACAGCAGCAUCAGGACUGUUAGUUCAGUUCACAGCAGCAUCAGAACUGUUAGUUCAGCUUCACAGCAGCAUCAGACUGUUACCCUUCAGCAGCAUCAGACUGUUAGUUCAGUUUCACAGCAGCAUCAGACUGUUAAUUAGCUUCACAGCAGCAUCAGACUGUUAGCUUCCACACCCAGCAUCAGACUGUUAGCUUAGCUUCAGCAGCAUCAGACUGUUAGUUCAGCUUCACAGCAGCAUCAGACUGUUAGUUCAGCUUCACAGCAGCAUCAGACUGUUAGCUCAGCUUCACAGCAGCAUCAGACUGUUAGCUCAGCUUCACAGCAGCAUCAGACUGUUAGCUCAGCUUCACAGCAGCAUCAGACUGUUAGCUCAGCUUCACAGCAGCAUCAGACUGUUUAGUUCAGUUCACAGCAGCAUCAGACUGUUAGCUCAGCUUCACAGCAGCAUCAGACUGUUAGCUCAGCUUCACAGCAGCAUCAGACUGUUAGUUCAGUUUCACAGCAGCAUCAGACUGUUAGUUCAGUUUCACAGCAGCAUCAGACUGUUAGUUCAGUUUCACAGCAGCAUCAGACUGUUAGCUUCACAGCAGCAUCAGACUGUUAGUUUCACAGCAGCAUCAGACUGUUAGCUCAGUUUCACAGCAGCAUCAGACUGUUAGCUCAGUUUCACAGCAGCAUCAUACUGUUAGUUCAGCUUCACAGCAGCAUCAGACUGUUAGUUCAGCUUCACAGCAGCAUCAGACUGUUAGUUCAGCUUCACAGCAGCAUUCAGACGUUAGUUUCAGCUUCACAGCAGUAUCAGAUGUUAGUCAGUUUCACAACAGCAUAAGACUGUUAGCUCAGCUUCACAGCAGCAUCAGACUGUUAGUUCAGCUUCACAGCAGCAUCAGACUGUUAGUUCAGCUUCACAGCAGCAUCAGACUGUUAGUUCAGAUUCACAGCAGCAUCAGACUGUUAGCUCAGCUUCACAGCAGCAUCAGACUGUUAGCUUCACAGCAGCAUCAGACUGUUAGUUCAGUUUCACAGCAGCAUCAGACUGUUAGCUUAGCUUCACAGCAGCAUUAGACUGUUAGUUCAGUUUCACAGCAGCAUCAGACUGUUAGCUCAGCUUCACAGCAGCAUCAUACUGUUAGUUCAGCUUCACAGCAGCAUCAGACUGUUAGUUCAGCUUCACAGCAGCAUCAGACUGUUAGUUCAGCUUCACAGCAGCAUCAGACUGUUAGUUCAGUUUCACAACAGCAUCAGACUGUUAGCUCAGCUUCACAGCAGCAUCAGACUGUUAGUUCAGCUUCACAGCAGCAUCCGACUGUUAGUUCAGCUUCACAGCAGCAUCAGACUGUUAGUUCAGAUUCACAGCAGCAUCAGACUGUUAGCUCAGCUUCACAGCAGCAUCAGACUGUUAGCUUCACAGCAGCAUCAGACUGUUAGUUCAGUUUCACAGCAGCAUCAGACUGUUAGCUUAGCUUCACAGCAGCAUUAGACUGUUAGUUCAGCUUCACAGCAGCAUCAGACUGUUAGCUUAGCUUCACAGCAGCAUCAGACUGUUAGUUCAGUUUCACAGCAGCAUCAGACUGUUAGUUCAGCUUCACAGCAGCAUCAGACUGUUAGUUCAGCUUCACAGCAGCAUCAGACUGUUAGUUCAGCUUCACAGCAGCAUCAGACUGUUAGUUCAGCUUCACAGCAGCAUCAGACUGUUAGCUUCACAGCAGCAUCAGACUGUUAGUUCAGUUUCACAGCAGCAUCAGACUGUUAGCUUAGCUUCACAGCAGCAUCAGACUGUUAGUUCAGCUUCACAGCAGCAUCAGACUGUUAGUUCAGCUUCACAGCAGCAUCAGACUGUUAGUUCAGCUUCACAGCAGCAUCAGACUGUUAGCUUCACAGCAGCAUCAGACUGUUAGUUCAGUUUCACAGCAGCAUCAGACUGUUAACUUAGCUUCACAGCAGCAUCAGACUGUUAGCUUCACAGCAGCAUCAGACUGUUAGUUCAGUUUCACAGCAGCAUCAGACUGUUAGCUCAGCUUCACAGCAGCAUCAGACUGUUAGCUCAGCUUCACAGCAGCAUCAGACUGUUAGUUCAGUUUCACAGCAGCAUCAGACUGUUAGUUCAGUUUCACAGCAGCAUCAGACUGUUAGUUCAGCUUCACAGCAGCAUCAGACUGUUAGUUCAGCUUCACAGCAGCAUCAGACUGUUAGUUCAGUUUCACAGCAGCAUCAGACUGUUAGUUCAGCUUCACAGCAGCAUCAGACUGUUAGCUUCACAGCAGCAUCAGACUGUUAGUUCAGUUUCACAGCAGCAUCAGACUGUUAACUUAGCUUCACAGCAGCAUCAGACUGUUAGCUUCACAGCAGCAUCAGACUGUUAGCUUAGCUUCACAGCAGCAUCAGACUGUUAGUUCAGCUUCACAGCAGCAUCAGACUGUUAGUUCAGCUUCACAGCAGCAUCAGACUGUUAGCUCAGCUUCACAGCAGCAUCAGACUGUUAGCUCAGCUUCACAGCAGCAUCAGACUGUUAGCUCAGCUUCACAGCAGCAUCAGACUGUUAGCUCAGCUUCACAGCAGCAUCAGACUGUUAGUUCAGUUUCACAGCAGCAUCAGACUGUUAGCUCAGCUUCACAGCAGCAUCAGACUGUUAGCUCAGCUUCACAGCAGCAUCAGACUGUUAGUUCAGUUUCACAGCAGCAUCAGACUGUUAGUUCAGUUUCACAGCAGCAUCAGACUGUUAGUUCAGUUUCACAGCAGCAUCAGACUGUUAGCUUCACAGCAGCAUCAGACUGUUAGUUUCACAGCAGCAUCAGACUGUUAGCUCAGUUUCACAGCAGCAUCAGACUGUUAGCUCAGUUUCACAGCAGCAUCAGACUGUUAGCUCAGCUUCACAGCAGCAUCAGACUGUUAACUCAGUGACACACACAGUCCAGUACAACGAGAGGCCUAGAGCUAGUGCUAUUGAGAUAAAGAGAUUGGUCGGCCAGAGGCUGGCUCUUAUCCAGCUUUUAUUAGCCUGUAUUGAAAGCUGAUUAAGGAUCAGAGUGCUGGGAGGGAGGGGACUCAGUGAAGGUCACUCCAGUACAGGACAGAACAGGACAGUCACAUCCCUGUAAUCCAGGAACACAGGUGGACUUGACCUCUGCUCUUGACGUAUCAUACAACAUGGGACUCUAGUGUAAGGUAGCGCCAAGGUGUUGAGAGGCUUUUGAAUCCGAUCUCUCCAGGACCAGGUUUGGAGAGCGCUGCUCUACUGGGCACUCCACACCAUAGCUCUGAAUGUCAGGGGACUUGGGGAAUUGGUAACUACAGAUUUUUUUGACUGAAUGUCUCUCCCACAGAAAUCCUAUGA